AAUGGAAGAAGCAGGGGCUGUAGGUUGCUCACACUACAAAAGAAAAUCAAAAUUCGUUACACCAUGCUGCAACAAAAUUUAUACAUGCCGCUUUUGCCACGAUGAAAAUGAAAGCCAUGCUGUGAACAGAAAAGAUGUCACUGAGCUAGUAUGCACAAAUUGUGAAACUCGGCAGAAGGUACAAGCUGAAUGUGAGAAUUGUCAUCUGCGAUUUGGGAAGUAUACAUGUUUGGAAUGCAAACUUUUUGAUGAUGAAGAAAAAAACCAGUAUCAUUGUGAUGGAUGUGGAAUCUGUCGAAUUGGUGGUAGAGAUAGAUUCUUCCAUUGCCAGAAGUGCAACAUGUGCCUUCCUAUCAAACUAAAGAACCGGCACAAGUGUGUAGAAAAUGUGUCUCGAGCAAAUUGCCCUGUGUGCCUUGAGGACAUCCAUACAUCUCGGAUUCCAUGCCACAUUCCAGAAUGUGGCCAUCUGUUACACAGAACGUGCUUUGAAGAUUUGCUUCAAGCAGGGCAUUAUGCAUGUCCAACUUGCCAGACAUCUCUCCUGGACAUGACCCAGCUUUGGGGAUUCCUUGAUGCUGAGGUUGCAGCAACUCCAAUGCCACCAGAAUACAUAAACUAUAGAGCAGAAAUUUUGUGUAAAGACUGUCAUAAAGAAUCCACUGUUAAGUUCCAUGUUGUCGGCCUCAAGUGUUUGCACUGUGGUUCUUACAACACUUGCAGAAUUAAAGGGUCUUUGAUACCUGGUGUAUCGGGUACGUCUGGUAAUGAGAACCAGGGCCCAGCUCCUGAUGAAGCGUCCGGAGCAUCAGCAAUUGUGCGGGACACCACAGAUGGACAAGAUUCAACAGAGUGCACUCAUUCAGAUGCAUCGGGCACCCACGAGUCAGGUGAUGCAAGUGACUCUGACACUAUGGGCAUUACUGAAACGGAUUUGGAACUCAGGAGUGGAACUGAUUUAGAAGUGGCAGAUGACUCUGAUAAUGGUGAUACAGCUGAUGAAGACACUUCAAGUCCAGUACUAUGUAAUGUUCAGCCUGCUCGUUAGCUCCUGCUUUGUAGCAGUAAUAAAAUUUUGACAGUGGAUAUAUGGGAAGCGCACUUUGAAGUGUCAUAUGCUUAUUAUGUAAUAUAGUUACAAAACAUUUUAAUAUUUAAAAAUUGUUGAACAAUUUGAGGUUCCUUAGAGUGACUUGAGCAGUCUUUUUAGUAGUUGUAGCCAUUGAUAUAGUUUUUCAGAAUGACUCAGAAAAAUAAUUAUGUGCCACACGCCUGAAUACAAAUAUGAAACUGAUAGUUUUUGAGACAUCAAAGGAAAUCAGGUUGAAUGACAAGAUUCUCACCUCAGUUUUACUCUACUUGUAUUGGCUCGUUGCUUAUUCAUGCUGCAUUGCCAAACAGUUCAGUCAUUAAGUACACCAAUGCAAGAAGUUUGAUGUAAUGAUGAUGAUUUUAUUUUCAAGGCUACAAAUUGAAAAUUUAAUUGUAUUUUGUAAUUUGUUGGUAUCUACCUUUUAUUUUGUGGCAUAUUUUCAGUGGAGCCUUCACCCAGUUCUUUUGUUUUCUGUAAAAUGCACUGCCACAGGGUUAAUUUUUCUGCUUUUAAGCAAAUACUUCAAAGAACACUACUCAAAUUCUACACUGUUGUUCUGAUUGACUUUUAAAUACAUUGGAAUUAAACCUUAUUUUUACCACGAGAGACAAUACUUGCUUUUGUGCUAUUCACUUAGCAGAUCCAAAUGGGCACACACAAACUGAAAAAUGCUUGAGGUGGAACUAAUCUUCCACAAAGCAAAGGAAAGUUGUAGUUUUAAAUGACCUCCCCACUACACACCAACCUUGCCUCAAAGCAUCAUAUCUUAAAAUUUCCAAAUUUAGUUGCCUACACUAAAGAAAAGCAGUGUUGUGAAGCAGAUAUGAAACGAACAAGAAAACACUUAGGGAAGUCUUUUCAGCAGUGAAUAUAGGGUAUCUAAAAAGAAAAUUGUCUUUGUUUUGCAAUAUUACAGCAGAACAGUGUAAUUUGGAGGAGAGGGUGACUGUGCAGCAUGGUAUAUACUUCCUGUGCUUUUCAUGCUAUAGAAAGUCCAGUCAUUGACAGAUUUUUCUUUACUAAGACAUUAAUUUACCUCAUCUAUGGUGUAACUUAUUUAUAAUGCAUAAUGAUGAAAAGAAACUUCACAGUAUAUAAAGUGAUAGUUGCCCAAUAAAUGUAAAACUCGUAUCUAUUCGUAUCAUAAUUCAGAAGAAGGAGAUCAUUGCCAUAAAUAUUUCUCUUACAAUUUUUGACAUUAACAUUCUUGCAUUGUGUUGGUAGGUAAGUGAGCUAAUGAUAAUCAGAAAGUCAGAUUUUUACUUCUUCCCACUGACACUCAAAAGGAGCUUUUAUUUGCAAAAAUGUCACAGUAAAUGACGUCAGUUAACUUUUAAAUGACUUGAAAGUCUUUAUGUGGCUUCAAACAGAAAUCAAGGAUGAAUUACUUAGCAUUUGUCCUUAGAGUAAUAUUUACACACACCUGUGUAGAUUAUGACUUGUAAAAGAAAUAUUUCCAAAAAAAAUCAUGAGAACUACAUGACUAAAAAUGUUUAUUUUGUAAAGUUUUGAAAAUUGGUCUCUUUGUCUUAAUGUUUGCUGUUUGUCAUCUUACCGUGAUUUCCUGGGAAAGUACUGCUUAUGGUAGAAAGCGUUUAUGGUUUGUUAUUUUGUUGUCUUUGUAUUCCUAUCAGGUGUUUGUGAAACAAUGUGCCUUGAAUUUCAGUGAACAUCACCAGUAGUGUGUGGAUCAUUAUUGUGUGCAAUUCUUUAUUCAUGAACUUGAAAGAAUCCUGGGCAAUUAGGUCACAUUUUAUCAUCUUUUGUUUAUUGUACACAACAGUUAAUAGUGACAAGUGCUAACUAUUGAUUGUUGUGUGUAAUUGUUCUGCCAUUCAGUAGGCCCUUUUGUCUUUCAUAAUUACUGUAUUCUUCCAGUCAGAUUAAAAUAAUAGUUCACAAAAAUGAAGAAAAAAAUGUGUAAAGUGUUCGGAUGGACAAGCUGAAUUUCUGAAGUGCUACAAAUUCUGCCUCUACAAUGUGCAAUGAUAUUUGGCUGUUCAUGUCAUUUUGCUUAGCAUUUAACAGCUUUUCUCACUUUUCUUUAACAAUUUGUUCCAUAGUUAUGUAAAACGUUGACCUUUCAUUUAAGAAUGUGCUCUGCAUGGCAAGAUCUCAUGGAGAGUAUAUUGUGCUUUUUGAGAAGCUUAAUACAAUAUGUUAGUUGAAGGGGGGAGAAUGGGUUUUAAAUAAGUUUGCAAGAAACUGAGAUGUUAAAAAGCAAGAGGGUGCCAUGAAUAUUAAAAGUAAAAGAAUCCAUAAUAAAUUUUGUCUGAAGAAAUGACCCAAACAUUACCAUUAAAAAAUGUUUUACUGGUUAUAUUAGAGAAUUGGAAUAGUUAGGAGAUUCACAGUAUAAUAGGGGUAGAAUGGUUUAUAAAGCAGUGCCAUAAGUGAGUAUAAAAGAAAUUAAAUUAAAAGAAAUGAACAGGUCUUUGUAAGAAAUAAAUGACUAAAUAAAUGGAAAUCUGUGCAAUAACCUUAUAUCAAUCAUGUAGUACUUUUGUAAGGAACUGCAACUGUUUCUGACAUGUUUAUGACAAAAAAAGCUCAAAUAGAACAAUUACCUGCAUCAGUGACUGAUGCAGAUAAUUGUUUCAUUCAAACUUUUAUAAUGUGUGCAAUACUUUUUAUACAUAAAAGUCAUUCUACCACCAGCAGAAAAGAGCGUAAAUAUAAACUGCCUCUCUCUCUCUCUCUCUCUCUCUCUCUCUCUCUCUCUCUCUCUCUCUCUCUCUCUCACGCACACACACACACACACACACACACACACACACACACACACAUUCAUUGUGAUUAGAAAUAACACGUUGAAGAAUUGUGGCAUACAGAAAUGACAGGAUUCAGCAGAAACACAUAGAGAAUGAAAGAAAUGGGUGCUGGCUGCAAAAUAUAUGCAAAAUUAAAAGAGGAGAACUCCAGCAAAUCAGCUAAGAAACAUGUUGUUUAAUGGUCAUUAACUGUUCGUCUGUUAAAUAUCCUUCACCUAUGUUCCUUUUUCCAUUGUUUGUGCAAUUUUUUUAAUGUUAUCUUUUUGGGAUUUUUAAAUACAUUGUUGUUUUAUUUUGUACAAUGUCAGUUGCAGUGAUUGUUGACAUAUAUACUUACACAAUACGAGUUGUUGAAUUUUAUUUUGUGUAUUGUUACCAAGAUUAUUUUUUGGGGGAGGGUUUGUUAAAUGAAUUUCUUCCUCAAAAUAAGAGAAGACCUGUUACUUUUGUGUAAGUGCAACAUAGAUCAGAAGUAUUUUGGAACAUUCCCAUUACUGAAAACUAUUUGUAACUGGGAAAUCUGUCAGACCCCCCCCCUUUUUUUUUUUU